AUGGUCCUGCUUCACCAGGUCAAUCCAGAAGAGCCAAAAGUUACCAUUGAAAACCAAGAGGCCCAGCGCCACCACGCCCACCAAGUAUGCGGUAUUGUAGCCCAUACGAAAGACCGGGGGGUGGCCAGUGUGGCAAUCCGGAGCCUGGCUAUCUCCGCCCAUGUACUUCGAGACCCUCGUGAACAAGACGAGGUGUACAUGCUUCUGAAAAAGAUCACAGCAGAGACUGGAUGGCGCAUUGGUAGAAUUUAUACGGAACUCCAGCAGGCAUGGGGCCGUGGUAUGAACGAUAUACCGGGUUAUCGUCCACAAGCCACAGUGUCAGCAGGAGCUUCCUCCUCGCCUUCAACACUUCUUCCACCGCCAAUGGAUCUGCCACAGCCAGCUACAAUGCUUCCACAUAGCUUUGGCCAGCCCGGCCUCGGCCCUGGACAAACCGGCGGUCUUGACUCUAGUAUUUCUUCACAGCCUGUCCUUGGCAUCAUCCUCCGGUGGCGGCCGGAGGUCUCUGCCAGUGUGGCCGACGGCGAAUGCUUCGAUGCUGUUCAAUGUGCAUCAUCGCCAUUCGCACAGUGCAGCGUCAACAGCGGUAUCGUCAACACACUCCCCACCUCCCACAAGUGCACGCAUGCCGUUCCGACCGCACCAUACGAUGAAUCCUCUCAUUCACGCCGAUUUCAGCCUUCCUGA